GUCUUCUCAGUCAACCCCUUGGUCUUUCACAAACGAUUCAUACCUGCAGCAGCAAUAUUGAAAGCGCCACUUUUCUUUACAGGCCUCUAAUUGUUCUUCAUUUCGUCUGUCACUACGAUCAAACAUCGUUCUUGACUCCUCGAACAAACAUACUGAUCAUCCUAUGAACCUCUGAUCAACCACCAAAGAUCUCGCUCACCACUCGAUCGACAUCCCCAAACCUAUUCAACGAGAAACCACUCAACAACGUCACCAUGAAGUACACCAUCGCCUUCGGACUCUUCUCCGGCCUCGCCGCCGCCCAGUCGGUCACCACCUCCGCCGCAUCCUCCAGCUCAACCGGUUUGGCCAGCCUCAUCGCCCAGCUCCCCAGCUGCGCCGUAGGCUGCAUCAGCACCGCCGCCAGCACCAUUGGCUGCUCCGCGACCGACUUCACCUGCUUGUGCGCCAGCCAGGACAAGCUCAUCUCCAGCCUGACGCCCUGCGUGCUCACUGCUGGCUGCUCCACAACAGAGAUCGCCGCGGCUGCAAAAAUCGCACCGUCAAUCUGCUCCGAAGUUCAGAACAACCCGGCCGCAUCCGACCUCGCAUCGGCAUCGAACCUCGUAACCGGCGUCCUCGGUACCGCGGCCGCAACCGCUAGCAGCAGCGCCGCCACAUCUGCCACCGCUACACCCGCCGCCGCUGCACGGCCGACGAACGCUUACUACGGCAUGCUCGGCGCCGUCGCUCUCGCUGCUGCUGCUUUGUAAAUACUACAUGGGCUUUGAAGAUACCAAAACUCUAGGGAUAUGGCGCAUUUGGGAGGGGCCACGGCUUUGAUUUUAUGACAUUUUAGAAUGGGAAAUUGGGCCUCGUGAUGGCAAGCGACACGGUGCAUUAGAUUCAGUUUCUGUCCGGCUCAAUGGGGUGAAUCUGACAAAGGUCAAUGGAACCUUAAAUGACGGUUGGGGCCAAUUGCGCAGUGGCAUUCAUUCUUUUCGCGC